GUGCGGGCGGAGCGCGGCCGGUGGCGGUGCGGAGUGGGGCCGGGCGGUGGAGGUGGCAGCGAGGAGGAGGAGGAGGAUGCUGAAGAGCUGCGGGAGGAAGCUGCUCCUGUCCCUCGUGGGCUCCAUGUUCACCUGCCUGCUGGUGCUCAUGGUGGAGCCGCCGGGCAGGCCGGGGCUGGCUCGGGGUGAGGCCGGCGGGGCUCAGCGGGCGCUGCAGAGCCUGGGGGCGGCCCGGCCGGCGGGGCAGGGGGCUCCGGGCCUCCGCAGCUUCGCAGAUUACUUCGGGCGGCUGAGCCGGGCACGCCGCGAGCUGCCCGCCGCCCCUCCGAGCCCCCCGCGGCCGCCAGCCGAGGACAUCUCCCCCCGCGACGUCUUCAUCGCCGUCAAAACCACCAAAAAGUUCCACAAAGCGCGGCUGGAGCUGCUGCUCGACACCUGGAUCUCCCGCAACCGCGACAUGACCUUCAUCUUCACGGAUGGGGAGGAUGAGGAGCUGAAGAAGCAAGCACGAAAUGUCAUCAACACCAACUGCUCGGCUGCACACAGCCGCCAGGCCCUGUCCUGCAAGAUGGCUGUGGAGUACGACAAGUUCAUCGAGUCUGGGAGAAAGUGGUUCUGCCACGUGGAUGAUGACAACUACGUGAACGUGAGGACGCUGGUGAAGCUGCUCUCCAGCUACCCCCACACGCAGGACAUCUACAUUGGGAAGCCCAGCCUGGACAGACCCAUCCAGGCCACAGAGAGGAUCAGCGAGAACAAGAUGCACCCUGUGCAUUUCUGGUUUGCCACGGGAGGAGCAGGGUUUUGUAUCAGCCGAGGGCUGGCGCUGAAGAUGAGCCCGUGGGCCAGCGGGGGCCACUUCAUGAGCACCGCGGAGAAGAUCCGCCUGCCUGAUGACUGCACCAUUGGCUACAUCAUUGAGUCUGUGCUGGGCGUGAAGCUCAUCCGCAGCAACCUCUUCCACUCACACCUGGAGAACCUCCACCAGGUGCCCAAGACAGAGAUCCACAAGCAGGUGACGCUAAGCUACGGCAUGUUCGAAAACAAGCGCAACUCCAUCCACAUGAAGGGAGCCUUCUCUGUGGAGGAGGACCCAUCCAGGUUUCGCUCCGUGCACUGCCUGCUGUACCCCGACACGCCGUGGUGCCCCGCCAACGUGGUGUACUAGGAGACGCGUGUCCCCUCCCAACCUCGUCCCGAAUCUCCCCGGUAUCCGACGGGCGUGCGGGACCUGCGUGCGUGCAGGUGUGUCGGUCCUCCGGACGGACCUCGUUGCUGUGGUAUUGCACAGUGUGUGUGUACUGAAGGCUGCUGUGCGGCCCUUUGUCCUCUGCCCACCCUGCCCUGCCCGGGGAUGGCGAGCGGGGACGGGUCCUGAGCACUUAACCCCGGGGCACGGGGCGAGCCCCUGCCCGCCAGCAGCCCCGCGCCAUGCGUGGGGAGCGCAGCUCCGCGUCCCCCCCGCCUCGCUUUGCUUGAUUUCCUUCCAGAUGUUGGUUUGUUUUUUGAUGUGUUUGCCUCCCCCACCCCCGGCCUCUAGCGCCUUCCUCUUUCCUAGCCCCCAAAUCUCAGCAUCGAGGCUCUGGCUCCUUGGUAAGGGUCACAGUUUUACACACCCCCACUCCUCCACAGCCAUGGCAAAUGCAAAGCCCGGUGCCAGCGUUCGCUCCAUUCCCUAGAGCCCCCUACAUCCUGCUGAAGUGUUUUCAGCGGCGUAAAUCUAUGCACUAUUUAUAGAGACCAAUUUAAAGACUUUCUAUAAAUACGGGGAGAAGCAGGAGGAGGGCUUUUCCGGAGCUGUGUGCACAGCACUGCGAUGUCUCCCCAGUGUCACCUCUGGGCUGAGCAGGGGCACCCCAUGCCCCAGCACAUAGCACUCAGGGGAGCCAUGUGACGUGUUCCCCCCCCCCCCCCCCUUCCCAUCUAUGGGGCCAGAGCAUCCUCCUGCAGCUGCAUGCUGCCAGGGGUUGGAGCACCAGGGAUGCUCGUGUGCACGUGGCGUUUCCCAGCCUGGCAUUGCUCUCUGGUGCAGUGGGCGAGUGAUGGGCACCCUAAAAACACAGGUGUCCCCCCACCUCCCCGAGCACUACCAUGUGUUGUCCCAUGGCUCUGCUGGGGAACCAAAGAGUGGGGUCCCACCAGGCACAGCCAGAGCGAAACCAGAUUGGGAAACGCUGCCUGGGAGCAAUUUUUGCCGUGAGCCAAGGAUGGACUUAACCCAUUGCAAGGAGGGAUGGGGACCCUAUGUCCCCCCCUCCCCCCCCCCCCCUGUGUCCCUCUAUGUCCCCUUGUAAGGGGGAUCAGGGGGCAGAGCAGGAGCAGAGUGUUUCCAACCCGAAGCUGAGUGAAAAUAGCCCAUAAUGGGUGCGUUGUACAUAUGUUAUUGCGCCAGUAUUUUUUUUACUGUGCCUUUUUAUAAAAAGAAAAAAAAAAAAACCCAAAAAAAAAAAAACAAAGCAAAACACAACGUGGAGAAUUAUGUAGAUUUUAAAAUGCUUUUUAUACGUUUUCUGUGGAUCGGAAAAAAAAAAAAAAAGACAAACGACCUUCUGAUAAUCUGUUUAAGAAAGAGGAAAAAAAAAAAAAAAUUGCGAUGUCUUGUAACUAUCACUUACCCUUAAUUUAUAUGUUCCAGUAUCUGGAACGUCACUCUGUGCUUUUUGUAAGUAGGAUGUGUCUAAAGGCGAUAGCUGUGGGAUGGGGAACCGGUGUGGGCAGCGCGUUCUCAGGGACGUGAACCCAAUCGCUGCCGCCGUCACCAAUAAAGCAGCUUGGGGCUGACCCCCGCCCUGC